UGAAGGCAGCACGGGGCUGCACUGCAUACGCGCCGUGGCGGUGAGCGAAGAUGGCGGAGAAUAAUGUCGGAGCGGAGCACGACUGGAGCGACUGGGCCCUGGACGCGGCCGAAGACACCGUCGUGGCGAUGGAAACCCUGCUGGCCACGCUGAGGGCUUUCGAAGACGUUCUCAGACAGCAGGAAAUAUCCACGGCGUCGUCCACGGAGUACUGCGACAACUUCUGUCAGUUGGUCUGCACGCAGGGAAGGAAGCGCCUCACGGUCAGAGAAGCGCUGAUGCACUAUGCCGGGAGCAGGAACUCCAUCGAGCAUGGUCUGCCGCUUCUGGAGGUGUACUGCCUGUCCAUAAACUGCUUCGCCGCUGCCAGGUCCCAUCUGAGCGCAGAGUCCGAGAGCGUGGGGCUGGUUCUGAAGAGACUGGCUUUGAGCUGUUUUGAACUGUUGCUGUCGGUACCUGAGAAUGAAAUCCCGUACGAAGCCUGGCUUCAGUUCCACCACUCUGUCCAGCUCGCUCACGACACGCUGAUCCAGUAUGGAAGCACGGACCUCCAGGCUCUACUGCAGAUCACCGGGGAGGGCGGCGCUUGGAGCAACCCGAUCCUCAGCGCCCUCCUCACCGGCCAGUCCACCAGCCCAGACGACGUGAACGCCUACAUAAGCCUGGAAGGCGAGGGCUUCAUGGAGAUGCGGGUGAAACACCUGGAGAAGAUGGGCGAGGUAGCCAAGGCGGGAGUGUUGGCCAAAGCGUGCGCCGAGUGCAGCCUUAUCUCCAACCAGGGGAUGUUUCGCCAGAUAUACGUCUCCCAGCUCUGUCACCUGCUGCCCAACGAAGAGGCCAUCAUGGAGAUAUCCAGACUGGACUGUAAGGACGUGCUGGACGUCACGCGCAGCUUGGAGACGGAUGGAGAGGAGAACACCGCCUUCAUUCUGUGCACAACUUUCCUAACGCAGCAGCUGCAGCAGCAGAGCCUUUACUGCUCCUGGGAGUUGAUAUCACUGUGGAGUAAGCUUCAGAAAAGACUUGACCCCUCGUUGAUGUCUCUACUGGAACGAUGCCUUCAGCUCGGCGCCAUCGCCAAAACGGUCCAACAUCUGCUUUACCUGGUCCGGGUGAUCCAGGCGGAGGCGGAGGAAGUCGGAGUGAAUGCCUCGGUGGAGCUUUGCGUGAAAGCUCUUCAACUCCCCAAGCAGGACGACUCGGAAACAAGAACCUCCAUAUGCAAGAUGGUCUCCUCCCUCCUCCCGCGCGAUCUCGAGGUUUUACGCGCCUGCCAGCUCACGGAGUUCCUCCUCAGCACCAGCCAGGAGGCCUUCACCUGCCUGAAGGAGCUCUACCUGCGCCCGGACCAGAAGCGGGACCAGGAGGGCGAGGUCAUCUCCAACUCGCUCCGCUGCGAGUUGCUGCUGGCGCUGAAAGCCUACUGGCCUUUUGACCCCGAGUUCUGGGACUGGAAAACCCUGAAAUACCACUGCGUGUCGCUUCUAGGGCUCAGGCCGGAGUCGGAGGAGGACGACGAGGAGGAGGAGGAUGACGAAGAAGAGGAUGAGGAGGAGGUGGAAGACAAACAGGAGAAGGCUAAACUGCACGAGCCACAAGGAGGUCCAAUAAAAGUAGAACCGGAACCCCACGGCAGGCUGAACGGAGGUUUCGCUGUGGACAAAAACCAGAUCAACAACCACGGAGGCGUCAACGGAAAGACGAGGAGGCCGAAGCUGCGCUGCCAGAUCUGCAAGAGGUCCGUCUCAGAGGCACAGGUGGUCCAUCACUCCAAGAAGCACGCCGAGAAGAACAAUCACCCCUGCCCCGUGUGCCUGGAGGACUUCCGGAGCAGAAAGGACCUGGUGGCCCACAUGAAGAAGCACCUCCACAGGCCGCCGCCUUCCCGGAGCGGCGAGCAGACCGCCGACACGCAGAAGCAGCCGGACGACGGCGACGACAACGACGACGUGGAGCCCGGCGAGAUCACCCUGGAUCCCUCGCUGAUGCUCUACUACAAAUCCACGCACGACCCCGACGUGCUGCACCACCUGGUGGAGCAGGCCCAGAGCGCCAAGGAGGCGCAGGAGGACGACGACGAGGAGCACGUCACCUUCGACUACAUCGACAAGCACUUCAAGCUGCAGAACCGGGAGGUGUACCCGUGCCCGGGCACCAGGUGCGCCCGCGUCUUCAAGCACUCAAAGUACCUCUACGUCCACCUGAAGUCGGAGCACAAGGGCGACGACAACGUGAAGCACUUCCACCAGAUGAGGGACAAGCGGGAGAAGUGCGUCUUCUGCCGGCGCCACUUCGUCUCGGCCUACCAUCACCGCAAGCACCGCAAGGUCCACUACGGCGACCGGCCCUACAUGUGCGUGGUCACGGGCUGCGGCGCUCGCUUCGGGACGUCCAACGAGUUGGUGAUGCACAAGCACACCCACGGCUUCCAGCUCAACUACCGGUGUGAGCUGAAGGGCUGCGGCGUCACGUACUCCGACCUGGGCCAGAUUUACCACCACGAGGCGCAGCACUUCCGGGACGCCGCCUUCACCUGCAGCGCCGCCGACUGCAAGAAGUUCUUCCUGUCCAAGAAGGACUUUCUGAGGCAUCUGUCGACGCACAGCAUCACCUUCCAGGAGAACGACUUCGAGGCUCAGAGGCGCGCCAAGCGGAAACUGUUCAAGGCCGUGCGCGAGGCGGCGGCGACGGCGGCGCGCCCCGCCAAGCCGGCGGACGCCAGAGAGGCCGUGAACGGCGACCUCCUGCACGCUCAGGCCGCCGUCUCCUCCGCCGGGCCCCAGGAGCCCGAGCACCAGGAGCCCGAGGCGACCGUAACGCUGGUGGCCGUGUGCUUCGACGGCAGCAAGUUCACGUGCGGCUUCGAGAAGUGCGGCAUGACGUUCUCCCGGGCCAGAGACGUGCAGCGGCACCUCAAGUGCGCUCACCCGGAGCACCUCAAGCUGGAGAACCGGGAACAGAAACAGGAGAAGGAGGAGAAGGAGGAGAAGAACCCGCCCGCGGAGAUCAAGGCUGAAGUGGAGGCGGAGAGCGAGGAGCAGGAGCCGCCGAGUCCGGCGUCGCCCGCGGAGCCGCCGCCGCCUCAGGCCGCGGUGGACGAGACCGGCUCUGAGGGCCCCAACACGAAAAGCGACGCUCUGAUGGAAAUCCUGAUCGGGCUGAGUAAGCUGAGCCUGAGCGCCUCGUCGUCGUCUCUCAGCUCGCAAAACAAGAGCCCGACUCAGCCGAAGCCCAACCUCAAAGGGCCGCAGACGUCUCUUCACCAGGCGAUCAUAGCCAAGCCGCCGGUGGUGCUGCUCAAGAAGAGGCCGCCGGCGCCGGACGGGAAGGUGAAGGCGGAGCCCGAGGAGAGAAGCGUGAGCGCCGCCGCCGAGGAGGAGGAGGACGGCGUCGAGACGUUGGCCAAGGCGAAGCCGUUCAUCUGCGAGAUCAAGCGCUGCGGCUUCCGCACGGCGCGGGGCUACAGCCUGCUGCGCCACUACCUCUCCGUGCACAGCCUCUCCACGGAGGAGGCCAAGCAGAUGAUCUCCUCCUUCAAGCCCUACAAGUGCCACCUGUGUGACAAGACCAUGAGGGAGAAGAAGGUGCUGAAGACCCACUACCUGCAGGUGCACAACAUGAGCGAGGAGUUCUUCGACAAGCUCAGCUUCGAAGGAAGCAAAGGCGCGCCGGCGACGCCGCCGACCUUCCAGCGCGCCGCCAAUCCGCCCGAAAGGCUGCAGAGGAGAGACGCCCCGAAGCUGCAGCCUCAGCUCCAGGCUAGGAGACAAAACGGAGAAACGGGCAGCGGUCAUUCCUCCGUGGAAGGAGGAGCGGACGGAGCGGAGGGCAAAGAAAAAGACGGCGAGGAUCAGACCGCUCAGGUGCGGACGAGGCGCGUCGUGGCCAAAAGCAACCUGUGCUACAUCCUGGACAAGUUCAGCAAGCCGUUCCACUGCGUGGCCAAGAACUGCACGGCGGCGUUCUCCACCCAGGGCGGCCUCGUUCGCCACCUGCAGCUGGUGCACCGCUACAAGCGCUCCCAGCUGCUGCUGGAGAAGGACGCCGACGCGCACCGCAGCCCCGAAGCCCGCAGGGAGCCCGCGAGGCGGCGCCCCGCCCUGAACCCCGACGACCCGCAGCCCCAGUUCAAGUGUCACUUCGCCAACUGCGCCGCCUCCUACCACCUGAAGAGCAGCCUGGCGCGGCACACGCGCGACUUCCACUCGCGGCCCCCGCCGCUCAUACGCUGCAAGUUCGACGGCUGCUCGCAGGUGUUCAGCCACAACGAGGCGCUGAAGAAGCACACGCUCUACAGCCACUUCGAGUGCUACGACUCGCUGGUGCUGCGGCUGCAGAGCACGCACAAAAAGUCCGUCACCGGCUGCCAGAAGAAGGUCAUCGUCGCGCCGAGCGCCCCCGAGAAAGGAGCGACGUCCGCGCCGCCCCCGCCCGCCGCCGACGCUCCAGAGUCCGGAGGCGCGGCGUCGGCGGGGAAGAAGGACGACGGCGGCGGCGGCAGCCCCGAUGCCAAAAGGCCGUCGGGGAAAAGGAGAAACGCGUUCGGCGAUUUGGUCCUCAGGUCCCACGAGGAGGCGCUCCAGAUGUGUCAGGACCGCUGCAUGCGCGUGUCCUACCCGUGCAUGGUGCAGGACUGCGACUCCGUGGUCACCUACCUGCACAGCCUCAACCGCCACUACCUGGGCGUGCACCGCGUUCGGCGAGAGGACCUCACCAACCACAAGGACAGCCUGGUCUUCAGCGCCGAGCAGCUGGAGGAGCUGAUCCAGGAGAAGUCCGCCCGGCCGUCCCGCGGUGCCGCAGAAGGCCCGCCUGCCGGGGACGAGAAGACGGCGGAGCUGCGAGCUGAGGCGGGACGCGCAGAGGAGCCGAGUUCGAGUCCGAGUCCGCCUGCAGGUGAAGCCGAGGCGCGGGAGACGGAAAGCUGUGAGCCUCCGCCGUUAGCGGAGGAGGAAAAGGAGGAGCGACCACCGGCGAGCGAGGAACGGAUCGACGAGGAGCUGACCAAGGAGCUGACCGAGCAGCCCACCAAGGAGCCGCCGGCAGCCGCAGAACCGCAGACCACUACAAAACUGGAAGAAAGAUCCAUAUUGGACAAAUUCAAACCACUUCUUCGCCCAGUCACCGUCGACCUCUCCCCGCCGUGCUCGCUGCGCUUUACUUCAGACGGCGCUAAAAUACCCAACAGCCCUCCGCCGCCGCCGCCGCCCCCGGCUCCCGUUCGCCAGCCGCUGAAACGGAAAAACGAACAACCGGAGCAGCCGCUCAACGUCAAGGAGAGCCGGCCCAGAAGCCCCUCCCCAAACCCGUUUGACAUUGCUGCCUACAAGCCCAUGGGCUUCGAGUCGUCUUUCCUGCAGUUCAUCCAAGAGACGGCGGAGACGGAGACGGACGAGCCGCCGAAGGCGUCGAAGCACGGCGGCUCGGUGAAGGAGAACAGCCAGCUGGGCGCGUCUCCUUCGCCGGCGGUGAAGCGCCACGCCGCGGCCGCAGACUUCUCCUCGGUGCAAAACUUGAAGUCCAUCCUGGACAAAGCCCUGGCCGGGUGCGGGGACCUGGCCGUGAAGCAGCUACAGUACCUCAGGCCGGUGGUGGUCCUGGGACGGCCCGUCUCCGGCGCCGCCACCGCCGACCUCUUCCCGUCAAAGACUAACAGCAAACUGCUUCUUGGAAGUUAGUUUCACUCAGCACCUUUUUCUUUUUUUUUUUUAAACGUGGCAAUGAUUUUUUUUUUCCUUCUUUUCACAAACUAUCAGUAUUUUUUUUU